AUGAAGAUCCUACCAUCUGCCCUCCGUCUUCUAGGCAAUUGCCUUGCCAUCAGUCUGUUGGCGUGCCUCUUCGUGACGGCGUUCAAUCUCGACUUCCUCCCGCGCAGUUUAUCCACGCGAUUGUUCGGACGAAGCCUUCCAGGAUCGCUUGUAACGUCUCCCCAAGGUGCAGUCGGGUAUCAGCCUCCUCCAGGGCCCGUUGCCAACGAUGCGCGACCAACAGAGACAAUGGCCUACAAGACGAUCAUCACAACGAUCAUUACCCGAGAGACAACGCACGAACUGAGGCAAGCCCCGGUGGGACUGAGGAACUCGUCAGAUCUGCAUGGUCACCGGGACUGUGACCAGGACACAGGUGAUGGUGGUACCGACACAAACAGCUUCCUCCGAAGGAAGUAG